GCUAGUUAAACCAUAACAACUGCUCACUGACAUAUUUGCAGCAAGGGAUUAUUUUCAUAUUUGGAAGGAAUUAUAUGUGUUAUAAACAGGAACGGUUUGAUACAUAAAGGUAACAUUGGGGUGCGUUUCACGGAGAUGGAGAAUUGUACGCAAGCCAGAAACAACUGUUACAGUUUGGGGAACAUUUCCGAUGAUAAACUCAUAAUAUCUGACAAAAAUGGUGUUUCGGGAAACUCUACAAAUAGCUCCACACCUUACAGUAACAUUGAUCUGUAUGAAUUACCAUCAACGGCCGAGAGAGCUAUCGAAAUUUUCACAAAGACGACAGACGUGAUUUCAAUUGUUAUUUGCCUUUUUGGUAUAACAGCAAACGUUGUAUCUAUAGUUGCAGUGGCUAAUUUGCGACAGAAAAUGACAACACAUUUAAAACUGAUCAUCAGCUUGUGUGUGUCAGAUGGUUUGAUAUUGUUGGCCAACAUGUUCUUAUACAUACUUUACAUUCUAUCACCCUGGUACGAAUGCAUAAGAAUCACAGCUAGAUUGACUACAGAUAUUGCACUUCUUGCAACGCUCAUUAAUCUUCUUGUGAUGGCAUUGGAUCAUUACGGGGCCAUUACGAAACCUUUACGUUACAGACAAAAGAUGACAAAUCUCCGAGGAAACUGUGUUGUUGUUGGGGUGUGGACAGUGAGCUCAUUAGGAGCUUUAAUUGAAGUGUUCCUAGGUAUCAGCUCUAGGAUAGACCCCGACGAGUCGCUAUGUGCUGUAAUUGCUAAUGGUAGAUAUGACUUCGAAUUUUUCAUUGUCGUAUUUAUUUUCUUUGUUCUAUUUGGUAUCGGCCUGAUAUACGGACUAAUAUAUACCCGAGUAAGGAAAGCCAUGCCGGGGCGAGAGAGAGCCAGUUGCCACACGGACUCUGGAAGCUUAAAGGCUUUGAUGACAACAGUGUUGUUUGUUGGUACAUUUGUAGUAUUCUGGGCACCUCUUGGAAUAUGCAACAUAUAUAUGUAUGUUAAGUCAACGGAUAUCCAAUACGUACUGAAAAAUUUGGAAAGAAUCACUUUAAUCACCGAUAUAUUAUACGUGAUUAUGUUAUUGAAUGCCUUGGCUGACCCAUUAGUUUAUGCCUUUCGACUUCCAAAGGUAAAAAGAGGUUUCACUGCUUUGUUUGCAAGCCAGUCACGAAGCAGUGAAUUUAGAUGUGACAAAACUUCAACAAAACAUCAACACAUUGAAAACAGGUCACAAAGCAAUGUAUUUAAACAUGACCAAACUUCAAAGAAUCUUCAAACAAAAUAAAAGAAGUCUCAAACAGUGUAUUUAAAUGUGACAAAACUUCAACGAAAUAUCAACAAAUGUAAACAGGAAAUAAAAGGAAGUAUUGUAUAUAUGUGACACAACUUUAACGAAACUUCAACACAUUAAAACAGAUCAAAAGUGUUUACGUGGAGAACUCCAACGAAACAUUGAAAUAUUUAAUAGGUCACAAAAGAAUUAUUGAAACGUUACACAACUUAACGAGACAUUAACAGUUAAAAACAAUUAAUACAUUUUGGCAAUAUUUAGACGAAUCUGGAAAUGAUCUUAAAGUGAUGUGGCAAUAUACAGGCGAAGACAUCGUUAAUGUCAACAUAAAAACACAGUUUUGUAACUCUGCUAACACAAUCAAGCGAAAGACAGUUGGGACAAUACAAGAUUUUUCUAAAGAAACAGACCAGUAAUUACACCAAAAUAAGACUUAAAUUGCAGUUUUAUAGUUGCCAUAUUUCAGUAUGAUAUCGGCUGCGUUUUAACAACAUGUAGAAAGUUAAGUUAAACAUAUCACUUUCCAACUCGCACAUUUUGAGAGCUUGUCGCUUUAUGAAAAGAUACGUUCGGUCGGGGAAGCUUUUUAGGCACGGUUAUAUUGCUACGGUCGCAACAUACAAUGUACGUGCCUUUAUUGUUUAGUUUGUUAGGUGCAUCUGUGUACUUCUAAGACAGUGAGUUUCAAUUUGAAACAGCGUCUGUUAUGUCUGAGUUUUUCGGGUUGCGCUGUGUGCUAGUUGUAGUGUUUUAUUCAUUUCAAAACAAUAUACUGUUGUCUGACUUUGAAGUGCUAUAUCUGUAUUUCACUAAAGAAUUUAUGUAAUUUAUAUGUCUCUAUGACUUCAUGUAAAUUGUGAUGUUAUUUGGAUUUCGCGUAAAGUUUUGCUGUAUUUGCUCUGUUUAAACAGUCACAUUAUUCUAUCUUAAAGCAGCUGUUUUAUCUCUUCAUGGGGUGUUUAAACAGGGACGUAAACUUAUAUUCACAGAGAGAUUCUCACAAUUACAUACUGUUAUCAUUUUAAACAUAUUAAAAUUCUGAAGCGGAUAGUUCAAAAGGAAUUAAUGUCAACGUGACCAAACAGCGCUGACGUUCCCUAUCAUGAUUAGAUAUUUAAUGACGCUGUUGACGGACAAUAUAUUCAUUUCCAACCUCGUAUAUGCUAGAAAGCUUAUAGAUUUGUUUUCUUCAAGUUAUUUCGGCGUACGAUGAUAUUAUAACACAACAAAAACAAGUGCACCGUGUUGCAGAUGCAGAUGCUAAUCAUCUGAUUUAUUGUCCUACCAAUGAUUUUCUAUGUCCAAAUGAGGCCAUAAUUCUUGCAAAAUACAAUGUAGAGUUAUGGUACUUGCUGUGCAGAGUCAGCUUUUAACUGCACAUAUCUGCUCAAAGCUUUUAACCAGUAACUGUGGCCGUUUAGGAGAAAAAAUGACCUAAACCCAAACUUAACCAAGAAAUCUGAUAUUUUCUAAGUCUAAAAGGGCCAUUAUUUCUUACAAAAACAGGAUGGAGUUAUGUUUCAUGCUAUGUACAAUUAACCUUUGAUGGCGAACAACCAAGAAAUUGAUACAACAGGGUUACCGUUAUCAUAAGCUACGGAAAGCUUUUAGUUAAUUUUACUACAGAUCGUCUGAACUAUUACAAAAAUACAAUACGCCCCUUAAAACACUUUAAAAACUUUGACUUACACACCCGGAAUGCUAUGGAGAUGUAGUUUAUAAAAUUAGGAAAAUUAAACAUACCCCUUAUUUUAAUCAUU